GUAGCUGCUCUCCUCCAUCUUCCAGCCGUGGCUUCGGGUUGCCGACAGCCCGUUCCUGGACCGCCGCCAUCAUGGCUUCCUCUCCUGAACCUGUGUCCCGCAGCGAAAACGGCUACCGCUAUGAUUCCAUCACCGAUCCCAAUCCCGUCCAAACUGAGGCGACCUCGCCAUCAUCGUCGCCUCCUCCCCUGGCGAAGCCGACGGUCCGACUCCUUGCGCCCGAUCUCCAGCGCGGCCUCCUGAUGGCCCUGAUGGCCAUGGACCACGUCGCUCUUGGUCUGAAUACGUGGCAGCAUGGAACGAAUAUCGAUGGCGAGAUGGACGGUCUUGUUGUUCGCCGCUGGAACUUUACUACCGCUUACAUCGUCCGCACCUUGACGCAUUUUUGUGCUCCCGGAUUCACAUUCCUGCUCGGCAUGGGAGUUGUACUGCUCUCACAAUCUCGUACGCGCCUCGGAUGGUCGGCUGGCAGGUUGAUGCAGUAUUACGCCAUGAGAGGACUCGUUCUGACGGCAGUGACGGUGGUGGUUGGAUGGAUCGCGUCGGGAGGUCGGGUGUGGUUCUUGAAUGUGGUGUUGUUCUCGCUGGCGGUCGACUAUGUUCUGGCGGGGAUGAUGUGGCUGCUGAUGGAUCGGACGGAGGAAUGGCUGGCCGAGGUGCUGGAGAGAGGGCUCUUGAUACUGGAUAAGCGUUCAGGAACUGUGUAUGGCGGUGGAAAUGCUGAUGACGAGGAUGAAGAGGGGGGUGUGAGCCAGCCGUUGCUGCUCGGACGAAGACACGCCGCCAGAGAAAGCGAGAGAGCUGCUGCGGCUGCGUCGUUGUCGUGGCACAUUCACAAUGCCCUGCUCGUUAUCCUCAGCGUCAUCACUAUCUGGUGGAACAUCUGGCUUUCUGAAGAUGACGGCCACUGCAGCCUCGAGACAAAGGGAGACGAUUCGGCGUCGGCUCAGUUUGUACCAACCUCGAAGCAUCCCUUGCUCGCCAUCUGGUUCUGGUACGUCCAGAGCGAGCACGUCAUGUCCAACUUCCCCCCCAUCGCCUGGCUCUCCUUUGCCAUCCUCGGACUUCUCUACGGCCGCAUCCUCACCGUUCGAAAGUGGACAACGUCUGCUAUCGCCAUUGGUCACGCCUCUGCAGGCGCCAUCUUUUCCAUCAUCUUCGUCCUCACCAGGCUUCUUCGUGUGGGCAAUCUCUCAGAGGACUGUCUUCAUACCCCCGCGCAGGACGGUCAGGGCCCGGGCGAGAACCCUUACCUUGCCUCGCCAGCGUCGUUCUUCUACAUCAUCAAGUACCCCCCGGAUGUUGCCUUCUGGGCCUUUACCAUGGCGGGCAACCUGUUUAUGCUCGGAGCAUUUGCUGCCAUCCCUGCACAGAUUGCAAGGCGCUUCGGCAUGCUUCUGUCUUUUGGCACGUCCGCGCUCUUUUUCUACGUCGUCCACCUGAACGUCGUCAUGUCUCCUCUUGGAACGCUCAUCAAGGAAACGUUUGGCAGCGAGGCUGGGCAUGAAGACCCGAUGCAUCCUGGAAGUACCAAAGGCAUCACCAACCUGUUUGGGUACUUUGCCCUGUGGUUUUCUCUGCUGCUCAUCAUGUGGCCGGCGUGCUUCUAUUACGGUCGUUUCAAGAGCACGAGGCACGCAGACUCUUUGUGGAGGUUCUUUUAA